UGGUAACGAUGGAAGAAGGCAGCCUGGGCACCCUGCAGCAGAGGGCAGCUGAACUGGAACACAUGGCGGAAGUCCUGCUGACCGGGGAGCAGCUACGGCUCCGACUGCACGAAGAAAAGCUAAUCAAAGAUCGAAGGCAUCACCUCAAGACGUAUCCAAACUGCUUUGUUGCCAAAGAGCUGAUCGACUGGCUGAUUGAUCACAAGGAGGCCACGGAGAGGGAGACCGCGAUUAAACUUGUACAGAAAUUACUGGACCGUAGCAUUAUCCACCAUGUGUGCGACGAACAUAAGGAAUUCAAGGAUCUCAAACUUUUCUACCGCUUCAGGAAAGACGAUGGAACGUUCCCACUUGACAAUGAAGUGAAGGAGUUUAUGAGAGGACAGAGGAUCUACGAAAAACUGAUGAGUACUGAAAAUGCUCUUUUACAAGCCAGAGAAGAGGAAGGCAUCAAGUAUGAACGUACUUUUGUGGUAUCUCAACUUAUUGAUUGGCUGAUCCAGGAAGGAGAGACCACCACGAGGUCUGAAGCUGAACAACUUGGCCGCCGGCUGCUGGAGCAUGGAAUUAUACAGCACGUGUCCAACAAGAACCAUUUUGUAGACAGCAACCUGCUCUUCCAGUUUCGUAUGAACUUCCGUCGGAGGAGACGGUUGAUGGAGCUGCUUUCUGAGAAGUCCCGCUUGAUCCCAGAGAGUCACGACAGCCCCUUCUGCCUGCGCAAGCAGAAUCACGACAACAAAAAACUCACCAGUUUCCUUUCUGUGAGCCCCAGCAAGGAGAUAAAAAUCAUCUCUGCAGUCCGGCGGAGCAGCAUGAGCAGUUGCGGGAGCAGCGGAUACUUCAGCAGCAGCCCGACCCUCAGCAGCAGUCCCCCGGUCCUGUGCAACCCCAAAUCCGUGCUAAAGAGGCCAGUGACUGCUGAGGAACUUCUGAUGCCCGGGGCACCUUAUGCCAGGAAAACCUUUACAAUCAUAGGCGAUGCUGUCGGGUGGGGGUUCGUAGUGCGAGGGAGCAAGCCCUGCCAUAUUCAAGCUGUGGACCCCAGUGGCCCAGCAGCUGCAGCAGGAAUGAAGGUCUGCCAGUUUGUGGUUUCAGUGAACGGGCUCAACGUUCUCCAUGCAGACUACCGGACGGUGAGCAACCUCAUCCUGACCGGCCCUCGGACCAUCGUCAUGGAAGUGAUGGAGGAAAUGGCGCCCUGAGAGAGACGCUUCCUCUUCUGUUCUUGCUCUGCGCUCGGACACUACACAAACAAGCAGCAAAGUUAUACAAGGGGUU